UACAAUGAGUCGCUCAACUUGAGACCUUUACCCAGAAACAAGUUGCUAGGACAGUUUCAAUUCCACAUCGACUCGCAGCAGUUCCAAUUGGAAUACCACAACCACUCUAACACAGAGUCGCGUGGCCUCACACUCGACCAUCAUUAUACCUAUUUCCCACGAGCCCUUGGACCGAUUCUUGAAUCGACAAACUCGCGCGAAUUGCACUUACGUUUCACCCAGGGCUGGUGGGAUGAGAAAUCAUGGGGCAAACUUCCUUCCAACGGCUUUAGAAGUGGGGGAACGGGUGUGGAAGUCUCGGUGCUUAUUGAGGCGCCAGAUCUCGCUACAGCCAAAGCCAAUUGGUUCCGUUUGACGAAAGCACUUUCAGGCUUUUUCUGUGCUUCAUUGAAUUUCAUCGACGACUCCAUUACAACAUUACCCAAAUACGCAGCCGGUUCUCAGGGCAAAAGCAUAUUUUCAUCACAGCAGGAAAACAAACUCUUCUUUAUUCGUGCUGCCUUGCCAAGUGAGCCUAUCUGUACUGAGAACUUGACCCCAUUCUUGAAGUUGUUGCCUACUAGAGGUAAAUCUGGUUUGUCUACACUUUUAGAUGGGCACAAAGUAUUUGAUUCGUUAUGGCACGGAAUGUCGAUCGAUAUCACCACUGUUUGCGAUGAAAACAGCUGCCUGUUGCAUAUGGACCAAACUGUGAACCAAGUUGUAGAUAUUAAUAGAUGCAAACGUAAAGACGAACAAGGCGGACUUCCAAAGCCAACUCCUGGUGAAAAGUUGCGGUGCGACACUUCCAAAGACACAUACAGCCCUUGGACAUGUUUCCCACUUAACGACCCAACGGAGUUGGAUUGGAGCUUGCAAACAAUCUACGGUAAACAAAUCCAUGGUCCAGCGUUUAGCGACGAUCCCUUAGGCACUUCUAUCACGAUUGAAGUAGACCCUUCGCAAUGGGAAGUCAAUUUGGCGAAGAGUAGAAAAGAUAUUACGGAAUCGUACAAAAUAUCUGUCGAAAAUAAGUACAAAAUCUCGGAAUCUAUCAGAGAUGAGGGUGACUACGAUAUCAGAUUUAGCACAAAGAAUAGCGAAGUAGUGGUUCCUAUUGAGACCCCUCCUAUCUAUGUGGCUCGCUCAUUAACUGGCUAUUCACAAGAUACUGGAGGUUUCCGUAUCUCGUUCACGAACCCCUCCGCUACAGACGCAGUGGAUUUCUUGUACUUCGAAUCGUUGCCAUGGUUCAUGAGAUUGUACCUCAACACGUUGAAGCUACAAGUCAAGAACAAUGUCAACGGAGAAGUUACUUACGACGCCGAUGUUGAUGCCUACAUCAGUAAGAGAUACUACAAACCGGCUGUAGAUCGCAAGAGACCAUCACAUCUUGAAUUAUCGAUCUCAAUUCCACCUCAGCAGACAUUGUCGUUCACCUACAAAUUCGACAAGUCGUUGUUGCUCUACCACGAGUAUCCUCCAGAUGCCAACCAUGGUUUUGCCAUUGAGCCUGCUGUCAUCACUGUAGUCGAUAACCGAGGAGAUGCUGUCUACGAA